AUAUAUUAGUUGACAUCAGUGCGAGUUGGGGCUGCCAGCCCCUAGCUCCCUCCUCCUUCCCUACCUCCUCCUCCUCCGCCUCCUCCUCCUCCUCCCCCCGGUCUCCGAUGGAAAGAGUUGAAGCCGUGCUGAUAGGAGCCGCCUGGAAGAGACAGCGGAGCUCAGGGGAGGACUUCGGUCCCAACUCCGGCCGCGCCGCGGGGACGCUGCCCGCAGCCGCUCGCAUGGCCCGAGGAGGAGCUGCCUGAGCACCGGGCUCGGGAGAGCCGCCGCUCCGCUCCCCUGCUCGCCCCGCGCCCAGCCCCGCCGAGCCGAGCCCCGCCGAGCCGAGCCGAGCCGUGGCUGCCCCCGCUCCUGCGGCAGUCGGAGCGCGAUGUGCCGGUGAGCCCCGCACCGGGAGUCCGGCGGCCGCCCCAUAAAUCAUCCACAGACAAGCUUAUGAGAAAAAUAGAAGAAUUAAGGCCAAAGAGGCAUGCCAGAGAAGGAAGUUUGCAGAGUCCAGGGGCUUCAGAGAAGACUGCAGUGGGACUGCCUCUGAGAGGGAGCGUUUACAUCACUGAUUCUUGACGGGCUUACCUUCUGGGAUUCCGACCUUGAACUGCUUCCAGGACAUUUGUCUUGGACUUGGCCUCUGGGCUGGUUACUAAGGAUUUUCCCUGGAGCGUGACUUCGAAUAUGACACUUCAGUAAUGCAGAGGCUGUAUCUUCCCUGGGCCUACCUUGGAAGCUAGAUCUGCAGCUGUCCUUCAGUCAUGGUUGUUUCAAGAUUAAAGAGCAUUUCCCUGUCAUUGCCAAGCCUUUUUCUUCUUGCUUUUCAUCUCUCAGCAUCACAGAAUGUACCUGAAUAUUCUGAAGCUGAACAUCAGCAAUGUGUUAGGAAAGAGCACCCCACAAUUGCUUUUGAAGAUCUGAAGCCCUGGGUGUCGAAUUUCACCUAUCCGGGUGUGCAAGACUUUUCUCAGCUUGCACUGGAUGCCAACAGGAACCAGCUCAUUGUGGGAGCAAGGAACUACCUCUUCAGACUUAGUCUACACAAUGUUUCUCUUAUUCAGGCAACAGCAUGGGGUUCAGAUGAAGACACCAGGAGGUCCUGUCAAAGUAAAGGGAAAACAGAGGAAGAGUGCCAGAACUAUGUCCGUGUGCUCAUUGUUUAUGGCAAGAAGGUUUUCACCUGUGGUACCAAUGCCUUUUCACCGGUCUGUUCCAGUCGACAGGUAGGGAAUCUUAGCAAAAUCAUUGACAGAAUUAAUGGAGUGGCUCGGUGCCCGUACGACCCCCGGCACAACUCAACAGCUGUGAUUACAUCACGAGGAGAACUCUAUGCUGCAACUGUGAUUGAUUUCUCUGGACGGGAUCCUGCUAUUUACCGCAGCCUUGGAAACGUUCCCCCACUUAGGACAGCACAAUACAACUCCAAAUGGCUCAAUGAGCCUAACUUUAUUGCUGCCUAUGACAUCGGUUUGUUCACCUAUUUCUUCUUCCGUGAGAAUGCUGUAGAACAUGACUGUGGGAAAACAGUGUAUUCUCGUGUGGCAAGGGUUUGCAAAAAUGAUAUUGGAGGGAGAUUUUUGCUGGAGGACACGUGGACAACUUUCAUGAAGGCCAGGCUGAACUGUUCCCGUUCUGGAGAAAUCCCUUUCUAUUAUAAUGAAUUGCAAAGCACCUUCUACCUUCCUGAACAAGAUCUGAUCUAUGGUGUCUUCACUACUAAUGUAAACAGCAUAGCUGCCUCAGCAGUGUGUGCCUUCAAUCUGAGUGCCAUUACUCAGGCAUUUAAUGGCCCUUUCCGUUACCAAGAAAACCCAAGAUCAGCCUGGCUGCCAACGUUAAACCCCAUCCCUAAUUUCCAGUGUGGGACGCUGAGUGAUGACAGCCCUAACGAGAACCUGACAGAGAGAGUCCUGCAGGACGCGCAGCGCUUGUUCCUGAUGAACGACGUCGUGCAGCCGGUGACUGUAGAUCCGUACGUGACGCAGGACAGCAUUCGGUUUUCCAAACUGGUGGUCGAUAUUGUUCAGGGGAAGGACACUCUCUACCACGUGAUGUAUAUCGGGACAGAGUAUGGCACCAUCUUGAAGGCCCUUUCUACCACUAACAGGAGCCUGAGGAGUUGUUAUUUAGAGGAAAUGCAGAUCCUCCCUGACGGACAACGGGAAGCAAUCAAGAGUCUCCAAAUCCUGCACAGCGACAGGUCGCUCUUUGUGGGCUUAAAUAAUGGAGUGCUAAAAAUUCCUCUGGAGAGAUGCUCCAUGUACAGAACAGAAGGGGAAUGCCUGGGAGCCAGAGACCCCUACUGUGGCUGGGAUAACAAGCAGAAGCGAUGCACCACCAUUGAGGACAGCUCCAACAUGAGCCUGUGGACUCAAAAUAUUACUGAGUGCCCAGUGAAAAACCUGACAACAAACGGAAGACUGGGACCUUGGUCCCCAUGGCAACUGUGUGAGCAUUCAGAUGGGGACAGCACAGGCUCCUGUAUGUGUAGGUCACGUUCAUGUGACAGCCCUCGUCCUCGCUGCGGGGGUCAUGGUUGUGAAGGGGCCAGGAUUGAGGUCGCAAAUUGCUCAAGAAAUGGUGCUUGGACACCCUGGUCUUCCUGGGCCCCCUGCAGCACCUCCUGUGGGAUAGGUUUUCAGGUCCGCCAGAGAACCUGCAGCAACCCUGCUCCACGGUAUGGGGGCAGGGUCUGUGUUGGACAAAGCAGGGAAGAGAGAUUCUGUAAUGAGAACAGCCCAUGUCCAUUACCAAUUUUUUGGUCUUCAUGGGGUCCUUGGAAUAAAUGUAGUGUGAAUUGUGGUGGAGGGAUUCAUUCCAGGCAGAGGUCCUGUGAAAAUGGAAAUACAUGUCCAGGCUGUGCUGUGGAAUAUAAGACCUGCAACCCAGAGAGCUGCCCAGAGGUGCGCAGGAACACACCCUGGACCCCUUGGAUGCCUGUCAACAUCACCCAGAAUGGUGCCCGCCAGGAGCAGCGCUUCCGCUACACGUGUCGCGCCCAGCUCCCCGAUCCCCACGAGCUGCAGUUCGGGAGGAAGAAGACUGAGAGUCGGUUCUGCCCCAAUGAUGGCUCAGCAGUCUGUGAUACUGACUCUCUUGUUGAUGACCUCCUCAAGACUGGUAAGACCUCUGCACGGAUUAUCAAUGGGGGCUGGUCCUUUUGGGGGGCCUGGUCUUCCUGUUCCAGGGACUGUGAAUUGGGCUUUAGGAUCAGGAAGAGAACAUGCACAAACCCUGAACCUAAAAAUGGUGGCUUGCCUUGUGUGGGGUCAGCGAUGGAGUACCAAGACUGCAAUCCUCAUCCCUGCCCAGUGAAAGGUUCAUGGUCCUGCUGGACUCCUUGGUCUCACUGCUCAGCAACCUGUGGAGGAGGACACUACCAGCGAACACGGACUUGCACCAAUCCAGCUCCAUCUAGUGGAGAGGAUAUCUGCAUUGGCCUGCACACGGAGGAGGCCCUUUGCAACACACACCCAUGUGAAGGUGGCUGGUCGGAGUGGUCAGAGUGGAGCCUGUGCAAUGAAGAGGGUGUCCAGUACCGCAGCCGUUACUGCGAGGUCCACAGCCCAGACUCUUCUCAGUGUGUUGGGAACAGCACGCAGUACCAGGAUUGCCUGUAUAAUGAAAUUCCUGUGAUCCUGCCAGCCUCCAGCAUUGAUGAGAACACGAACUGUGGAGGUUUUAGUCUCAUCCAUCUGAUUGCCACUGGAGUCUCCUGUUUCUUUGGCUCUAGCCUCCUGACAUUUGUGAUUUACGUGUACUGCCAGCGUUGUCAGAGGCAGUCCCAGGAGUCGACUGUUAUCCACCCAACCACUCCCAAUCAUCUCCAUUACAAGGGCAACACAACACCCAAGAAUGAGAAGUACACCCCUAUGGAGUUCAAGACACUUAACAAGAACAAUUUGAUACCAGAUGACAGGACCAACUUCUACCCAUUGCAGCAAACCAAUGUGUACACGACAACUUAUUAUCCCAGUACACUGAAUAAAUAUGACUACAGGCCCGAGGCCUCCCCUGGAAGGACCUUUACCAACAGCUGAUGGUGGACAGAUCCUACAGGACUGAAUCACUUCCUAUAUGAAUUUUUUUUUUAAUUGAUUUUAUGGACCAAAUACUGGCCCAACUUCUAGAUGUAAAUAUUGUACAGUAGGGUCUUUUUUUUUUUUUUUUUCCUUUGGUUAAUUGUAUUUCUUGUAAACAGCACAUCUCCUUACAAGGACAAAAAUGCAUAUGGACCAUUCUGCAGAGCUUUUGUGGAUAUUUGGCUGGAGAUGGCUCUUACUACUGGGACUGUUUAUGUCUGGAAGAUCAGCAUUGCUGUCCAAGGCCAACGUUGCCAAGGAGGUGGCUGUGUGCUGGACUUGGUGGCCACCACGUAGCAGCACGGAACACCCAGGUACACUCCAAGCAAGGCAAGAGGUGGCCUUCUGGGGCAGGGCUGUCUGGUGAGGAGCAUCUUUCCUGAGGGUAGCAGUGGUGCACUGGCUGACACACAGUGCAUGAGACAGGAUAAGGGGGAUUCCAUCGUGCCAACAACUUGAAGAAUGUUUUAUUUUUCUUCUCUUUUCUUGGUGUCUUUGCUCUUUUGUUGUUGUUUUUUUUUAAUCUUUGAUAAUGUUUUUUAUGUUUCUGAAAAAAAAAAAGGAAAAAAAAAGUAGUAGCUUUCUAGUUACAGUGUUCCCUGUAUCUUCAACAGAAUCUUUUCAUAUUACAGGAAAUACUCUCCACAGCCUUCUUUGGUAAUAUGCAGUCCAGCUGAUGAGAAACAACACACAAACAAAGUGCAUUACACAAAGAAGCUUUCCAGAAUGUUUCCAGUCUUAAUUAAAAGAAAAUUGUAGAGGCAGUGAGACACUGAGCAAAGUAAAUGUUGGAAUAACAUCGGAGACUUGAACUUGGAGUGCCUAACAAACAAAGAUGUUUAUAUCACUGGAAAAAAAGAUGUGAUGAUUGCUGCACAAGAGCCAUGGGCUUUUUUUCUUUCUUCCUUUGUCUUUUUUUCUGAGACAGUGUUAACUCUUUUUAUUCUAGCUUUGAUCUUGAUUGUGUCUGCCAAGAAAGGCAACUUUAGAGGCCAUGUUCUUCUUGUGGGAAAUCACCAUGCUUUGGGCUAAUUUUUUUUUAAUCUGUUGGUUUGGGUUUUUUUUAAGUUUUGUUGGUUUUUAGUUAAUUUACUUUCAAAGAGUGAAUAAUUGUGACUUUGCAGGGGGAGAGUAUUUUUGUAAGGAAUGUUUCCAUAGUAUGACAUGACCCGGAAAGUCUGCUGCACAUUAUAGUGUCUUCCAGUCAGUACUCUAUGAAAUAGUAACACAGCUGAGUAAUGUGCAUUGUUUGCCAAGAUUUCCUUAAUUUUUCUGAACAAAAACAACCCAACCAACAAAUGCUGCAGCUAUUGAAGUAAAUCGGGGUGGUAGCAUUAUUAAACAGUAUAUCCAGGCUUGAAAUGUGAUUUUGUGUAUGUGCGUGACCGUGUCUAUAAGAACUGUAUUGGUUUGAUGCAGAAGCCAUGUUGUCUACAACCAGAUGUUUGUCUGACAUAAUUGUUUGGCAAAAAGGAAACUUAUUGCUGGUGCUUAAUGUACAGUUACAUCCAGUGUGUUAGCAACGUGAACAAGUUCACUGCUGUUAUCAUUCAGUGUUUCUAAAUAUUUAUAAUGAACUCCUGAUGCUAAGGAUUUUAGAAUAUCGCAAUACUGAGCAUGAGAUAAAAGUACACCCCGAAACGUGCAUGAGCUCCACGUGGUCCUGAGCUUGGCUUUGUUGUCUGCACCUGACUGGAGCAGUUGCUGUGCCCGUGCUUGGCCACUGGCUCAGCUGCCUUCCCAGCGGGCCCGUUUGUCUUUGCUUUCUUUCAGCUUUCACUGCGAGCUGAACACUGAUGGUUUCUCGGUGCUGUUCCUUUGCAGUUGCUUGUUUGGAAGCCCAGCUUGGGCUGUGUGUUCAGCUCUCUGAUGUAGGCAGCCACUAGAAAAUGAAGAAAGACUGUAUUGCUGGUGACAAGGAUAUUGCUUUUCCUGUGAGGAAAAGCCGACAUGGCUCUGUAAGCCUGUGUUGCGCUGGUUUGACCAGACGGCCAGAAUAAAGUAGCCUCCCAUUUCUAAAUUACUUUGACUUCAGUUUGCAGUGAUUGAAGGCUGUAGGGAUAUUUUUAAUCAAGUGUGGUCAUUAGCACUGCCAUGAGGAUGCCUUAGGCUCAGUGGUUCCCAUCAUUUCCAGCUGCUGUUCUUCUAAUUUAGCAGCUCAUCCUGCUUCAGCUCUGGUCUCGCUGAGUGAACAGAGGCAGAGAGAGGUGCCCUUAAACAGGUGUAAUGGCAUUUGAAGCAGCAGCGUCAAGAGCUGAUUCAGACCUUGCAGUUCUCUCUGUCUGAGCAACCAGGUGCAACUCUCCACUUUGGCAUUAUGGCUUGGUGUUCCUAACUCCACCUGGCAGCCUGGCUGGAGUGGGAGCAGCAGGAUGAGCAGGGAAGCAGGACAGCACAGGUACCAGCGCCUGCAGGGGGGCUCUUCCAGGCCCCCAAGCCCCAGGUGAGGAGCGAUGCCUUUGCGCCUCGUACUGUAACAAGAUCCUCCUGGCUUGCUGAAACACUGAAAAUCCUCACUUUAAGUAGUUCUAAGAAGUAUGUAGCCCCAGGGUUGAAAAUUAUUAAUUAGCCUGUCAGGGUGGGAUUUCCCAGCUUUAAUUUAUGUGAUUCAGAAGAAAACAUUGACUCACUCUAGGCACUGUAAAAUUAAAGCUAUAUCCGAGCUUUCCCUUCAGAAUAUUCCCUGUGUUGACAGGUUCUGCAAUUACCAUGCACAUGGAAGAGUUGCAGGUGGAAUUUGGGGUGGGGGACAUGAGGAGUUAAAACUUGCAAUUGUUUUAUUUUUCUAUAUUUCCUUUCUUCCCCCCUCCCCCCAUUUUUCUAUUUUCAGUGUCACAGAACAACACGUUGUAACCUGAUCUUUUUUUUUUUUCCCUGAAGUCCCACGUAGCAGCUGAAAUUAUUUAAAUGUUCAGCCCACCUAGAUAGGUCAUUACUGCCGUCGUGCUCAGGAGGUGGAUAUUUUGUAGGCUAUUGGAGUGCAGAUGCUUCCAGGGUGGUGUAUGUGGUUAUAGUUUUGUCAAGACAUUCCUUCUUACCAGCCAUCCAAAUGGAUUCAGCCCUUUUUCAUAUAAUUGGCAAUCACAGCAAGGGUCUGUAGACUCCAUUCGAGCAGAAAGUAGAAUCCAGGAGAGAGCGAGAGCGUGCGAAGGAAAGAAAUCAGAAUGCUUAUUACUCAAUUAAUGUUUGCAUGAGAGUGCAGUUCUUUAAGGACAAUGUUAAUGCAGUGUGAGGGUUGCAUUUUUAAUGAGCUCUCUAAUGCGUGGCAGGUUAAUGACACCAUGUACAGUGAUAGUCUUGCGAUCCAGGUAAUUUGGCAGCUUGAUCAUCAGGUCUGUAAUAUCUGUAGCAGCCUGAAUUGCUUCUGCAGCUGAUGUUAAACUUGCUAAAAUUUCAUAUUCUUAAGGCUGCCUUACAGUAGACUGGAAAUGCAUUUAGUUUGGGAGCACUGUUUUCCAAAAGACUCAUCUUGCUGUUUGUUUGUUGUUUGUUUUCCUUUCACUUCAAAGACAGAGAAGGGGAACUCUGGGCAGUCCCUGUGUUGUUCUGGAGACACUGGGUCUCUGAAAGCCCUUUGGAUAGAAUUCAGGUAUACAACAUGUAAAAUAUGGUGGAAAUCUUACAGCCAAUUAUGUAGUGGAGGCAUCUUUAGUUGGGCCCUUCUUCCUUCUUUGUCCGUAGAAGUGGCUGCCUUGCUCCCUCCAGAAGGGGUGUGCAUUACAGUGUCACCCAGGCUGUGCUGUGUUGUCAGCCUUUAUGUGAUCAGCUGCCACCCACCAGACGUAACUGGUGCAGCUCACUGAUGGGCCUGACAAUCACACCACAGCCUAAGAGGGGCUGUUGCUCUAAAGGUGCACUUGAAUGUUCAGCAUAUGAGUCAGGGCUGCUUUUAAAUACAUGAACUGUACAGAUACUGUAGGAGAAGAAUAUGUUUUGUCUUACCACCACUGUCCCUAAUGCCUUACGUUCAGAAAAGGAGAUGGUUGGUUUGAAAUCAACAGAGAGUAGGAAUGGAGUGCAUGUCUGAUACAGACAAUUUGAUGCCUCCAGUGUUAAUCUGAUGUUAAGCCCACCUGGAGAGGAAAUUGCUGUCCACUGAGAUUGAUUUAUCCUUUGUACCAAAUGUAGUGGAGGGAGAGCUAUAUAUAUAUAAAUAUAUAUAUAUAAAAAUAUAAAUGUAAAGUUUCUGUAACAACUUACUCUUUUUUUUUGUAAUAGUGUAUACAUCUAUCAGUGGAUAGACACAGUAUAUAUUUAUAAUAUAUACACACAAUAUAUAUAUUUAGCAAAAUGCCUGCAGAGGAAACUUAGAAUAAAAAAGGCAGUGCUGGUAUUCAAAAGCCACAGGGACAAAGUGAAGAAAAAAAGCAUGUAAAGAUCUAGUAACCUUUCUGUUAGGUUUAGAAGACCACUUUUGAGGUAAAUAUAAUUUUUUUAAUUGAAAAGAAAAUUGAUUUUUCUAGUUAGAAAAGCUGAUUCUCCCCUAAAUCAUUCUGGUUAAGAAUGAUUAAGAAAAAGAUUCUUGCUACUGCUUAUAUUUCUGAAUAAGCCUCCCAAAGCUCUCAUGUGUAUCACACUAUUGUUUUUGUAAUUAUAAGGAGGGAGUAAUUGUGCAAAGAAAAUUAAAAUAGCAAGUAGGAGUAACAAAUAUUGUGCCAUUAGAGGAAAAGACACGAUCUAUUAGAACGUGAAAAAAAUGUCACCUUCCAUGUUAGAGAAGUUAGCAGCUGCUUUCUGAGUUCUGGAUCAGCAUUAGCAGCCUUGCCUUAUAGCCACGCUGGAAGGUUUUAGCACUGAAUUUAGGGAAGAGAAAGUGCACAAACCUGUGGCUUUUGCUUUUCAGAGGGGUCAAAAAAAAGCCACCAGGCCAUGGCAGUCAGGCACCUGGUGCCCUGAGGACCUCUGGAGCUUCCAGCCUUAAUAGGCAGGGCAGGGCACAGCGCCCCGUGGAGCCGGCUGGUCUAACUGAGAAAUACCCAGUAAACUGGGUAGGAUUUUUUAUUUUUUUUUCAGCAGAUCACUUUAAAGCCCUGGUGACCAAGGCCCAGACUUGUACAGGUGCUUCUUCCUCAUAAGCUUGUUAGGAGAAAACUUCAAGUGGCUUCAAAAGCAGAUUUGGGGUAGGUGAGCAAAUCCACAGAUUUUUUUGAUAGUGCCUGAUUGCCAGAGCCUUCAAAGCUGGACAGAAACCUUUCUGGAGCUGGGUCCUUGUGGAGCUUAGCCAGUCUCAGCUGUUCUGCUUGAAAAUUCUUCCUUUGAGAAAUUUUAGUGUCUGCAUUAGUCCUGGCUGGAGGAACAAAAGCAGCUACCUACUGUUUAGAUAGCCACAAAUAUUCAACAAGUUUGGAUCCUGAACUGGAUUUUUUUUUCUAUUCUGCCUCCAGUCUCGGCUGCAAAUUCUCCCCUGCUGUUUGAGAGGCCUCAGGGCUAUAAAAGCAGCACUUGGCUUGCUGCAAGUCCCAGCCACAAUUUGGUUUUAAAUGAAUCUGAUAAUGAAAAGUAUUAACCCAGCACUCCAGCUCUGCAACCUCUGAGAGCAGGGUGCUGUUAAUUUGCGUGCCACGGAGUCAAGCAGAGGUCGGCAUGGAUGGGCCAUUAAUAACUGAAGCAAAAAUGUUUUUAGUAACAAAAUGUCAAACAAUGUAAAAGCCAACCAGCUGCAUGACAGCGUGGCUUCCAUCCACACACCCCUCCUUAGAUAACAUCCAAACCUGCACGCACUUGCAAGUACUGCAGUUAAUUAGGAGCAUUCCCACAGAGGAAAGUUUAGGGAGGAUGAUGCAGAUGAUGGGAUUUAGCUUGUAAUUGAGGUGGGAGAGUGACAGAUACAAUACUGGAUCUAGGAUACAAGGGAAGCCAUUAUGUGAACAUAGAAUGUUUGCCCCAUAACAGCAAAACCUGGAGAGUAUUAUUGGACUCUGUUGUGAAGGCACAUCACCCUUCCUAUGCAAUUGAACUUGAUGGUACUUUAGUGUAAAGGUGACCUAGACUGUAAUCACUGCCUUUAGACACUGUGAAUUUUUUUUGGGUACUCUGUAUUUUUAUAUAUUGUACAAUGUAAAGAAUGAUUCAGAAAUAAAAGAGACCAACCUGGCAA